AUGGAAAAACUACGAGCCCCACCCAUAAUCAGCUUACGCCCACGCUCCAACGUGCUGUCAUCAAGGACAAAAAUGUCUUCUGAGAGAUUUUUCCAAGUCUUUUCCAGAAUAUUGAAAGACAAAGGACCUGACUCGAUACCGAAAGAUUUGUUGGAAGAACUGACUUUACAAAGAGAAGAUAGACUAUUGUUAGGAUCAACUUUCCUAGAUCAGUUUGUACAGCUCAACUGGACUGGGCCAAAAGAUGCUGUAUCUCAUCGCAUCAACAAUGAAGAACAAGUAUUGUUUAAUAAAUGGAGCAUGAAGGAAAGGUCUAGUGGUGAUGAGUGUUGGUAUGAGUUAGUUGAUUCACCAUAUCUCCUUUAUCUCUCGCAACUUUUAUUACUUGAUAAUGACAACAAAGAUAAGAGUAUAAUGGAGUUACUGUGGUCCUGUCGGUUGGUUUUCAUUGAGCAGCAGCUAAUCCUCCAAAAGAGCGAUAGACUAUGGCAGCAGAUGAAAGCUAUGAUUGGAAUUAUUGAGGAACAAAUAAAGAAUGGAGACUCUUUGGGGAAUAUUUCAUUGGCUGCUCUUCAUUUGGAAUUGUCUCAUUAUUUGCUUUAUUAUUAUAAUUUUGACUCUGCAGAGAAUCAUUUGCACAAAGCACAAGAAUCUGCCGGAAUUGUUGUAGAACUGAGUGGAGCUUUAGGCCGUCGGACAAAAUUUCAGGAAAAAGAUGUUGCACAGCUUCGUGUGAAAAUAACUUCGUCAUCUCCUUCUCUUCCCUCCUCCUUCCCCUCUCCUCCAAUGACUGCUGGCUUACCUAAAGAUAUUCAGUUGGAUGACGACACUUUAUUAGCAGUUAUUGAAUAUACUGAAGAUGAGGCAGAGGAUGGGUGUUCACCUACUCACCUAACGACACUUCAGCAAGCAGUGAUUUUAGGAAUAUGUAAGUAUGAGAAAUCCAGUGGACCUUUUGAUAGACUCACCAACGAAGAAUUAGAAGCUUAUUUGAAUUGUGUACUAGCUUCUCCACAGUCAUGGUGUGUUCAAAUGUCAGCAUUAUAUAAUCGCUCGGUAUUACAGAAAGGAAAGCACAGGACAAUGGAGAGAUCAAUGACACAGCUACAAGAAUUGGUGGACUCUGUCACAAGACCAGCUUCUACAGAGGAUGGGACCAUUGUAAAGAGAAUGGAGCAUUUCUAUUGCAUUUAUUCACCUCCUUUCUGGGACAUUGAGAAGCAGCUGGCUGAUGUGUUGGCUAGUAUGGGGGCAUCACUGAGUGCCCUUGAGAUAUACGAGAGGCUCCACUUGUGGGAGAGAGUGAUAUCCUGUUACCAAGCAGCAGGGAGGCUCUCACAAGCUGAGAGGAUUAUUAGAGAGAGAUUGGAGGCUGAUGGGGAGAGCGUGUUGCUAUGGUGUCUCCUUGGGGACACAACUCAAGAUCCAGAUUGCUAUCAGAAAGCAUGGACACUCUCAAAUGAAAGAAGUUCAAGGGCCCAGAAAUCUCUUGGACUGUAUUACUUGUCAAAAGAGAAGUAUGACGAAUGCGUCAAAUGUCUUCACAAAUCGGUUCAAAUCAAUUCACUUCAGGAAGGGGUGUGGUUUACACUAGGUCAUGCCGCAGCGCAAAUUGAUGACCAUGCACUAUCAGCCAAAGCUUAUCGCCAGUGUGUCACUUUAGAACCUGACAAUGCUGAAGCUUGGAACAAUUUGGCUAGUGCAUACUUGAAAAAGAAAGACAAGCUGCGUGCUUUCAAUUCAUUUCAAGAAGCUCUAAAGUGCAAUUAUGAAAAUUGGAAGAUCUGGGAGAACUAUCUUCUUGUCAGUAUAGAUAUCGGUGAGAUCACUGAAGCUAUAAGAUCAUAUCACAGACUAAUGGACUUACGUCAUAAGCACUUGGACUCUGAGAUUUUAAAGAUAAUAACAGACUCUGUUUUGGACUUGGAUGAAGACAAGCAAGACAAAACUGGUAAUGUGAGGAAGAAACUAGGUGAGCUAUUAGCUCGCUCUAUUGCGGAGACUACUGGUAAUUCUGAGCUCUGGGAAGUUGCAUCACGUUUUCAUUUGAGCAGCUCACUGGAGAGUGAUAAAGAAAAGGGUAUCAUUGAGCUACAGAAAGCGCAAAGAACAUCACGUCAAGUUCCAUCUUGGGAGAGAGAGGAGUCCUCAAGAAACAGAGUCAUUCAUUUGACACUCCAUUACUCUAAAGUUUGUCGUGAAUCGGGAAAGAAAGAUAAUUUGUUUUCUGCAAGAAUGGCAUUGAAGAGUGUGAUCAGUAUACUCAAAGGUAUGGAAACAGGAUUCAUUCCUGGAGAACAGUUGUUGAAGCUUGAAGAUGAAAUGCAGCUUUUAACAGAGUACAUCUAAUUUUUUAAUUGUAUUAUUUUGCUAUUCUUUUGUGUGUAACAAUUUAAUUUAUCAUUAAUAUAA